CGACGCCAUAUUGUUUGAAAAGUCGUUUGUGUGAUAUCGUGCAUCGCACUUUGUAUUUUGUUUGUUUCGUGUGCCCCAGUUGGGAAAACUACAAAAAUUCCGCGCAAUAUGAAGAAAACAAAGGACGUGUCGGAAGAGGACGAAUAUUCUGCGGACGAUCCUGAAGAAGUCGAAGGUGGAGGUUCAGAGGAAGAUUGGGCACAGGAGGCAGGAGCAGAAGGUGCUACUAAGAAACGACCUCAGAGGGGUGCAAAAAAACGACAACAUAAUGAAGAUGAAGAAGAGGAAGAGGAGGAAGAUGACGAGGAGGAGGAAGACGAUGAAGAGGAUGAGUCUGAUUCCGAUCCAGAACAAAAACCAAAAAAGAAGAGACGUUCUAAGAAAGAGGAAGAGGAGGAGGAAGAUUCAGAUGACAAUGGUUUUGAGAACACAACAGGAUUUCCACCCAAAGAUUACACUUCUGGGGCUUUUGUCGUCGCAAAAACAGAUAUCGGCCAAAACACAGAUCCCACCUUGUGGAGGAUAGACGGAAAAGCACUUCUUCAAAAGUAUUUACCCUUCAAAGAUGAUGGAAAGACAUUGUAUAAAAGCACAUCGACCUAUUCUGGAUGGUCUGUAAACAACAAGGAUAAAUAUCUUGCUGCACAAGUUACCUUCAAGGUGCAAAAUAGGUCCGAAACAAUUGUAGAACUACAUCUCGAUACACAGCAGCAAGAAGUAGUCAAAGAAGAGAAGGAGGAUUAAGUAUAGCUCGAAUGCGUUCUUGUCUGUUUAUAUGAGUUAAGGUACAAUAAGACAUUUUUCAAAUAUAUGGACACAUCCACGCAGUGGACAAAGUGGUAUUUUCAAAAAGAAAAUAAAAAAAGAAGAAGAAAAAAUUUAAUUGUGAAGUAAAGAAUGAUCAAAUUAUGUGCUAACGACUGGACGAAAUUGUAUGACUGAUAGUUUUUGAGCUCAAAACAUAUUUUUUUGUUUUCUUUACAAAUUAAAAGAAAAAUACACACAUAUAUACACUUAAAUUAAAGUUAUGUAAACGAGUGUCUGUUCUAUGUGUAUCUGAAAAAAAAGAAGAAGAAAUACCACAGUGUUCUGCGAAUUUUUAAUUUCUUUGUACAUUAUGGACUCGUUAACUUAAUGUAGCAUAUUGCUCAGUUCUAUUUUUAAUGUAUUGUGCUUUGUAUCUAACUAAACUUUUUUUUUUUAAUGUUCAGUAAAAGCAGACAAAAAGGUAUAAUAAGCAUUUACAUAAUUUGUGUCAUGAUUUGUUAUUAGAAAGCAAAUCCGCAAAAAAAGUUAAUUUGUAACGUAAACAUUAUGUAUUAUUCGAAACUUAGCAAAGUUUUGUAAUUAUAUGAUUCGCAUUGAUUUACAUUAAUAAUAAUCUAAAUUAUGAAAAUGAA